ACAGCUGUUUUGCUCAAGGUGAAACACGGCCGCACCAUUCAUUUCAUAAGAUUCGACAAACAAAAUAAAAUCGUUAAUCAAUAAUUGAUUUGGUUCAUUAAAUUGUAUAUUCACCAUGUUGAGAGCUUUAAAAUCACACGUGGAAGCACCCAUAGUAAUUGCCACUCGUGCGGCAUCAACAAAUGCGGAAAAACUUGAAGAGAUUCGUGAUCGCCUGGCCAAGGGACCCAAUUUCCAGGACUUUGUCCAGAAUCCAGAGUACUCGAAAAACGAAUGGGAGAACUAUGAGGGAAAGCUGCGACGCGAAAAGGGCGAGGAGCAGCGCCUGCGACUGCCGCCCUGGCUGAAGACCACUAUCCCUGUGGGCAAGAACUACGCCAAGAUCAAGGCCCAGAUGCGGGACCUCAAGCUGUCCACAGUCUGCGAGGAGGCGCGGUGUCCCAACAUCGGCGAGUGCUGGGGCGGCGGCGAGCAUGGCACCCAGACAGCCACGAUUAUGCUUAUGGGGGAUACUUGCACCAGAGGCUGUCGAUUCUGUUCGGUGAAGACGGCACGUAAGCCACCGCCGUUGGAUGCGAAUGAGCCUGUGAACACCGCCACAGCAAUUGCCUCCUGGGGAUUGGAUUACAUUGUGUUGACCUCAGUAGAUCGGGAUGAUUUGCCCGACGGAGGCUCCAAGCACAUAGCUGAAACUGUUAGGGAAAUUAAAGCGCGUAACUCCAACAUAUUCGUGGAGUGUCUGGUGCCGGACUUUCGUGGCAAUCUGGAGUGCGUGGAGACGAUUGCUAACUGCGGCCUAGAUGUGUAUGCGCACAACAUUGAGACGGUGGAGAAACUCACACCCUAUGUCCGAGACAGACGAGCCCACUACCGUCAAACCCUGCAGGUGCUAACCGAAGCGAAGAAAUUCAAUCCCAAUCUCAUCACAAAGAGUUCAAUUAUGCUGGGACUCGGGGAAACCGACGAGGAGAUUGAGAAUACUUUGAAGGAUCUGCGGGAGGCCGGAGUCGAUUGUGUUACCUUGGGGCAGUAUAUGCAGCCUACGAACAAGCACCUCAAGGUCAUCGAAUACGUUACGCCCGAGAAGUUCAAGCACUGGGAGGAACGUGGCAACCAAAUGGGAUUCCUGUACACGGCCAGUGGUCCCCUGGUUCGCAGCUCCUACAAAGCCGGAGAGUUCUUCAUCACGAGUAUCUUGGAAAACCGUAAAAAAGGCAAAACGCCAAUGCAAUCCCCAAGGAGUAGGAUGAUUUCAAUGCCUUUCUGAUAACAAAAUUUUUAGAUGCCAGCAAACACAUAUAGAUAAUUUUAGUUAAGCCUUUUAUUAACAUACUUUUCACUUGUUGUGCAAUGUACAUAUAUAUU